AAUUUAAUGAGUCAGUUUAAUUAUGAAAACACCACAACAUAUACAAAACAAACAACUGCUGAACUGAAGGACAAAGCUAUUGGAGGUGAAAUGGAAGUAGAUGGCCAGGAAGCUGGGGAAUUAACAACAAGUACUGUCCCAAUUGACUUCAACCUGUAUAAGAAAUUUUGGGCAUUACAAGAUUAUUUCCGUAAUCCCACUCAGUGUUACACUACUUUGGCCUGGAAAACAUUCACACAGUAUACAAAAGAAGUUCUAAAUGUGUUUAGAAGUGUCAAGUUGGAGCAUGUUACAUGGAAAAAGAAAGCAAAGGAAUUUAAAGAUCUCCAGGGAAGUGACAGCAAAGAUCUGGCUCGCUAUUUUGCCAAGUUUCUUACUAACGAGAAGCUCCUUGAUCUUCAACUAAGUGACAGUAACUUCAGGAGAACUAUCCUUGUACAAAUGUUAAUAAUAUAUCAGUACCUUGCUGGUAAUGUCAAGUUUAAAAGCAUAUCCUAGAAAGAGAAGAAAACUGGAUAUCAUGGAAGAACGAAGGGUGUCCAAGUUUCAUUAAAGACAGAAGCCAAGAUGAAGUGGCACCCAAACCCUCAAGAAAGCGUAAAGUCAGUCUUGGGGAAGAGAUGGCCUCAGGUUGGAAAUCCAAAAAAGUGCUCAUGGGAAGCAAUGAGUUGACUCGUCUUUGGAAUUUAUGCCCGGACAAUUUGGAGGCUUGCAAAGCCGAUAACAGAGUUUUUCUCCCAACUCUUGAGGAAUAUUUUUCGGAGGCCAUAGAGCAAGCUGAUCCAGCCGCUAUGGUGGAAGAGGAGUACAAGGUUACAAAAAACAGUAACUUUGGUUGGCGAGCAUUGCGUCUCCUCGCUCGUAGAAGCCAUCACUUUUUCCAGCCAAGCACCAACCCGUUCAAAACGCUUCCAGACUACCUUGAAAGUGUUGUACAACAACUUGCGCAAGAAUUACCGAACUUAAAGACUGAGGAAGGCAUCGUGGUUAAUGGAACCUCGGACUCAGCCGUGCCUAUCACGUGAUGGCACCAAAAGGAAGUCACUGGCUUGUGUCAAGUGAAGACAGCAUCACAUCCGCAAGAUAUUAUAUCCAUUUAAUUCUCUCUUAAUUGUAAUUAAAGCUGUUUGCAAGACCAGACAA